AUGAAUAUAUACCUUGUCUGCUCUAGCAUAAUUCACCCAAGCUAGUGAAUCAAUCUUUCAAGGCAAAAAUAAAAACAUACAAUGGAUGAUCAGUUCAAGGAGUGGUGUCAUUCAUUUGCAGCUUCGCUAGGUUCUCUUGAAUUUUAUAGUCAUCAUCAAUCACGUAGCAUUUUCUUGGUUCCAGAAAGACUUAAAAAACCAAACGUGGAUGCAUACAUGCCAAGGGUGGUGUCAAUCGGACCCCGAUUCAAAGGAAGCAACGAAGACCUAUUGCAGAUGGAAGAUAUCAAAAUAAGGUGCAUGAAGCAUCUCUUUCAACGAGGAAUACUACGCGACCGCAGUGCUUAUGAAACAUUGGAAUCAUGCUGCAAAGCACUUUGGGAAAUAGAUGAUGUGAUUCGAGCAAAUUACGGGCCCGACAUCAACAACAUUGAAACACAAGAGCUCACACAAAUUAUGUUAGUGGACGGUUGUUUUCUGUUAGAGCUUCUGAUAGAAAAGGGAUUAUAUGAAGUACCAGAGUCAGUAGUAGACAGCCCCUUCUUUCCUGGUCCAGCAAUUGAACUGCUGAGAGAUGAAGAUGUCUUGUCUGAUCUCACCUUGUUGGAGAACCAGAUACCGAUUCGGAUCAUCUACUUGCUGCUUAGAACACUUUUUCCUGAGUUGACUGGAUAUUCUACUUCCGAGGGUGAGACCAAAAUUAAUAAUCUUAUCCUGUUUGUUUUAGGCUAUCGUCAAGGUCGGAUUCUGGACAUUCUGGACAUUCGAGGCUAUCAUCCAGGUCCGGUUCUGAGCAUUCAUGGUGAUCAUAUUCUUGAUAUUGUCAACUUAUUCGUUAAUUGGGAUUUUGAUCAAUAUGGUAAUUUUCUGGAUUUGUUUCAAUUUAGGGACGCUCCUCAGCAGCACCAGCUUAAACUGAAUCGUUGUGCUCUGAGGCUCCUAACUGCAGGAGUUAUCAUAAAAGCAAGAUUCCCUGAGCAUCAUGAAGAAUAUAGUAACUUUAAUUUAAGCUUGGUGUGGAGGAGUUUAUGUGGUUUGCUUAACAGUAUCUUUCUUGUGAAUGAGAGGGGCAGGCACUUGGAUUUGGAUUAUAUUCACCAAGAGGUGGAAUUGAAAUGUUUGAACUUUCACUUUAAGUUUGAAAAGGGGAAACUUGAAAUUGAACAAUUGCAUAUCACUAAAACAACAAAAGCCAAGUGGUGCAAUCUAAUUGCUUGGGAACAUCUUCAAAGUAAUCUUCGAAGUACAACAAGAAGGGGCUCUGGUAACUGCAAAUUCACUUCGGCUGCUUUGAUUUUCAAUGGCUUGAUCUGUUCUGAAGACGAUGUUCAACUUCUUAAGAACAAGAAAAUAGUUGUGGAUCAUCUCAAGAUGAGCAACCGAGAGCUUGUGGAGUAUUUCCGCAAAGUAGCAUUGGGAGUUGACCAUAAAGUAGUUGCUUACAGUAUUUAUACUGAAAUGGUUCGUUGCAUCAAUAACUCUGAGGCGUUUUUCAUUAAACAGAUGUGGAUAAUGGUGUGGAAUUCAUUCACAUGCCGUCAAGAAUGGGUUGUAAGAUUUUUGAACCGCAACUACAACUUCGUUGCAACGGUGGUCUCUGUUCUCGCUGUUGUGCAGACUGUUUAUACAGUCCUACCGUAUUAUUUUCCCAAAUAGCUCCUCUCCAUUGCUUGAAGAAGACAUGUUUCAAUUUUCUGCUAUUUGCAUUUCUCUGUGAUUUAGAAAAGACCCACCACUUCAUAUGGGACAUGUUCUCAUUUUCAAAGUAGCGUGACGAGACCUAUUAAAUUUCACUAAAUAAAAGAGUGACUUGUUAUUAUGUCAUUCUUUGAUAUAGAUGCUAAUCUUGAUUGUGCUAGUUGAUUUUUCGAUUAAUUUUGUUGUAUGUUCUAUCUAGAUUCAUCAAUUUUGAUUU